UGGGUCAUGCAGCCUCAAUAUCUAUGGAUAAAUACACAACAAUCAUCAUUCAAUAUAUUCAUCACCCGGAAGUGGAACUACACUUUUAACCACAUUCACCAACGGCGGCUUCUCACUUCUCCUCCCUCUUUAGUCUUUCCGCCACCUCACCAACCCCCAACAUAAAAACUAAGAUUCCUACCACUAACAACUAGUAACAUGUCCAUUUCUCUCUCCAUACUCCCCUCUCUCAGUCUCCACCACCAUACACAUACCCAUGCCCACCCUCCCCUCACCACCCGUUCCAUGUCUCUCCUCCGCACUCUAACCCACGCUCACCCUCUCCGCCAUCACCAGAAUCGUCGUCGCUUUUUCUCUCUGAUCACAGCCUCAGCCGUCCAACAAGAUACUACUCUUUUCACCCCCACCCCAAUCUCUCUCAUCGAACCCGCAGCUGAGUCCCUCUUCCACGUUUCCAUCGACGUCUCCGAUGCUCCUGAUAUCGCUUCCUCUUAUACCCGCCCUGGCCAGUACCUUCAGCUUAAGGUCCCUCAAUCCCCUAAACCUUCUUUUCUCGCCAUUGCUUCUCCUCCUUUUGUCUCCACCAAUAAGAAUAGGAAUAGCUUCGAACUCCAAUUUCUUGUUAAGACCGUCCCUGGCUCUACCGCGGAGCUUCUCUGUGACUUGAAGAAAGGUGAUGUUGUCGAAAUUACUGCUGCCAUGGGAAAUGGUUUUGAUGUUCAUCGGAUUUCUCCGCCUCACAUCUUUUCUACUGUCCUCAUUUUUGCUACUGGAUCUGGAAUCAGUCCUAUUCGAUCUCUUAUUGAGUCUGGAUUCAGUGCUGACAAAAGGUCAGAUGUGAGGCUUUAUUACGGAGCUAGAAAUUUGAAAAGGAUGGCCUACCAGGAUAGGUUUGAAGAUUGGGAAUCUUCUGGUGUUAAGAUUGUUCCAGUACUGUCUCAACCAGAUGAGGGAUGGACAGGUGAAACUGGUUUUGUGCAGGCUGCCUUUUGUAGAUCGAAAAACAUUUUGAAUCCAAAUGCUACAGGUGUCGUACUCUGUGGGCAGAAACAGAUGACUGAGGAAAUCACCUCCAUAUUGAGUGAAGAUGGAGUGUCAACUGACAAAAUACUCAAGAACUUCUAAAUAAUGAGAGGGAGUUCCGUAGCUGUUGUAUAAUUAUUUCGGGAAGCAAUUUUAUUUUCCCAAUUCAUUCAUUCUCAGUUUGCCUAGCAUUGAUUUUUCGCAGCUUGGAAAGCCAAAAAUAAACUUGUUAUAUCAAAUUUUGAAAUAAUUUAUGAUAGUUAAAUAUUACAAGAUUAGAAACAUUGUCCCAGUAUAUGGCAAGAUAAGAAACAUUGUCCCAGUA